UGUUUUGUUUUGUUUCUCUCAGCCUUCUAGGUAUUCCCAUGAGUUUAAAUACGGCUUUUCCUCGUCGCUUUUUCCUACGUCCUCAGUUUGUUCUAUCGCAACCCGAACCUUCAUCUCACUUUGGCAGCAUCCAGGAACGCUCCAAGCUUGAUACCAACCCACCUACCUACCUCGUCUACUCUCUCACCUGAAAUUACUUGAAUAAUUAUACCUUCCUAUUUAACCAUACCUGCUCCACGAUGCUGUCCCAACUCGCUACGCUGUCGGGCCUCCUGGCUGUGGUGUCGUUAUUCACUCCCUCCGUAGAAGCUGCCAAGAAGAUGACGGCUGUGCGAUUUGAAACUCGCGCGAACGAUUACCUCUGGACAGUGCAGUGGACCGGACCGACAAAAUGUACCUCGUGGCCUUGCGGCUAUUCGUACAGAGUGUCAGGCCCAACCUACACUGCCGCCGAGGGCGCAGUCCCUUUCUUCAAUGCCACCUGCACAGGCACCGUAGACAAGCCCUUGCAAGCCUGCACUCUACAGCCAGGUUCCGCCGCGGUCGCGGUCUCGGGCAACUUCAGCACGUUUGAGACAAGUGGCGUCGGCAGUGGCUUGAUUGAUGUCACGGCAAGAUAUAUUGACCAGGCCUCUUUCUCCAACAGAACCCUCACGGCCGUGACGCCCAUGCAGGCGAGCGCGGCGAACCAGAACACGUGGACGGUCGAGCCUCAAGGCUGUCCCGUCUCAGCGUGCGAUGUCGCUAAGGCCACGAGAUCCCUGAGACGGGGUACCCUUGGCAUUGCGAUUUGAGGAAAAUAUGCCCUCUGAUGACUUUCAAUUUUUUUAACGCCUUUAUGAAAGAUAGAAAAAAGAGGAGCCGGACUCAACGAUCGAGCUCCAAUAAUAAUGGGAAAUGCAGGGAACGGGGAUAAUUCCUACCGUACUAAUGAGGACUUGGAUCCGCUUAUGGUUUAUUAGAUGAGAAUCAAAUGGGAGGAGUUAAUGGGUAAUGACGUCUUUCACAGUCUGGAUUGGUG